UGGGGCUAUUUUUAGGUCUGCCUGUGCUGAUGAACAGGAGAUGAAAUGACAAUCUCUCUCUCUCUCUCUCUCUCUGAGCCCCUUUCACCGCCCGUGCACCAGGAUUACAAACGGGCGGUUGGCUGCCGUUGCCAAGAGGGAAGCUCUGGAGUCCAGGUCAUGUAGAAGAGCAGAUUUCGUAUGAAGAUGGGAUUGUUGGUGUUUAUGCGUAACCUGCUACUAGCCCUUUGUCUCUUUCUGGUACUUGGAUUUCUUUAUUACUCUGCAUGGAAGCUGCACCUUCUCAGAUGGGAGGACACAAAUUCAGUGGUUCUUUCCUUUGACUCCGUUGGACGUACAGUAGGCUCAGAAUAUGACAAACUGGGCUUUCUUCUGAAGCUGGACUCAAAACUGCCUCCAGAACUAGCAUCAAAGUAUGCAAAUUUCUCUGAGGGAGUUUGCAAACCUGGGUAUGCAUCAGCGCUCAUGACUUCCAUCUUCCCAAAGUUCUCCAAGCCAGCACCAAUGUUCUUGGAUGAUUCCUUCAAAAGGUGGGCACGGAUCAGGGACUUUGUACCUCCCUUUGGAAUUAAAGGACAAGAUAAUCUGAUCAAAGCCAUCCUGUCGGCAACCAAAGAGUAUCGCCUCACUCCAGCCCUUGACAGUCUCAGCUGCCGGCGAUGUAUCAUUGUGGGAAAUGGAGGAGUGCUUGCAAAUAAGUCAUUGGGGCUGAAAAUUGAUGACUACGAUGUUGUGGUCAGGCUGAACUCUGCUCCAGUGAAGGGCUUUGAGAAGGAUGUGGGAGGCAAGACAACGCUGCGGAUCACGUACCCUGAAGGGGCCAUCCAGAAACUGGAGCAGUAUGAGAAGGACUCCUUCUUUGUUCUGGCCGGAUUCAAGUGGCAGGAUUUCAAGUGGCUCAAAUACAUUGUUUACAAGGAGAAAGUGAGUGCAUCUGAUGGAUUUUGGAAGUCAGUGGCUACCCGUGUCCCAAGAGAACCUCAUGAGAUCCGCAUCCUGAAUCCGUACUUCAUCCAGGAGGCAGCUUUCAGCUUCAUUGGCCUGCCUUUCAACAACGGCCUGAUGGGCAGAGGGAACAUCCCCACCUUGGGAAGUGUCGCAAUCACCAUGGCGCUGCACAACUGUGAUGAGGUAGCAGUAGCUGGAUUUGGCUAUGACAUGAAUUCACCAAAUGCACCACUCCAUUACUACGAGAGCAUCAAGAUGUCUGCCAUAAAGGAGUCCUGGACGCACAACAUCCAGCGAGAGAAGGAGUUCCUGCGGAAGCUGGUGAAAGCCCGAGUCAUCACCGACCUCACCAGUGGAAUCUGAGUUGUCCCAGACCCCGCGUCGGAGGGAGGCGAGAGACGCACGUUACAGCUAAGGGAGCAGGCAGUGGGAGAGCCACACAGGAAUCCCAACUCAAAGGAAACACAAGAAAUGCACAGGUGCUCUGGGAGAGCCUUCCCGGAUCUCCAGUCUGCACCAGUGCUGCACCUGCUGCAUCCCUCAUGGGGCUGGCAGGGGAGAGCUGGGAGUGGGGCUGAGGGCGGUUAUUGACCUCAGCUCUGCAGAUAGAACUUUUGUGUCUAGAAUUAGUGGGAAAGCCUGAGGAGAGACAGGAAGACAGGUCAGUGACCCAAAGCAGAGAGUGCCAAACAGGAGUGGUGCUGGCCGGGGCAGCACCGCCUGAAUGUACCAAGUAGUAUUUUUUAAAAGAAACUUUGUUGAAUCAUGCUAAUAAUAUCGCAGUACAAAGCGAAGACUGGCUUGUGCCCACCUCCAGCAGAAGCCCGGCCUCCCCACACGCGGUCGGCAGCUCCUGGCCUUAGUCCUUGCCCUGGGAAAACAGCUCCGUCCGUGACUUUACUCCUGUUGGUGCUGCUGGAAUGUAAAAGGACAAUGGCCUUCCGCUGGUCUCCACACAGGGCUGCUGGCGGGAGCUGAGCAUGGUGGUGUUUCUCUGCACCUCCCUGCAUAGACGCUGCAGCUGCCAUUUAUCCAGCUGCAUUUUCCACCGCUGUUUGCUCCACCCGGGCUCUGCCUUGACCCUGAGCUGGAGCCAGGAGCCAGCUUGUGUCCUGGAGGAGUGGCAGACAGGCCCCUGGCGCCGAGGGGCGUUCGGCCCUCGGUCUGAGCCGGCCGGGCCCCGCGCCGUGGGCAGGCGGAUCUCUGUUCAGCGGUACCAGGGUUUCUCAACAGCGUCAGACUUUAUUUGUAUGUGGGGAGAGGGAUAAUUUAUUUUCUGAGUGAGGUCAGAGGUCAUGUUGCGAUCCAAGCUUCACAGUGUUCAGCAGCAGACAGCUACAGCCAUGUUCAUUUUAUGUUCCCCACCUGGUCUUGUUCCCUGCUAAUGACUCCUUGACGAUGGACCCCCCGGCGAGGGGCAGGGGAGUGACCUGACUGGAAACCUUCACUUCUCGUCCCCUUCCCGGGCAUUUCGCUUUCUUCAUUUCCUGGCUGCUCCCACGCGGCUGGGCCGCUGCUGCUCCAUUGCUGUUGUCAGCGGGUACGAGCGUGUCCGUUACUUUGCCAUGCAGUAUUUGCACAUUUGGGUUCUGUACCUUCUGCGGAGAAGUUGGCAAUAGACUGAGCAAAGCAACCAGGCUGGGUGGGGAGAGAGCUGGCCUCAGUUAUUCUGUGUCUGUGCAGAAGAGGGGGGCACUUGGGAGGGGAUGUAACUAACCUUUCCCUCCUGUACUGUAAUGUGAAUACAUCAGGCUGGGCUGUGCGGCAGCGUGUGCUCUGGAUCUGAGCCCCAGGGCAGAAAUGGACUGGCUACUGGUCCAGGAUAACCUGGCCCCACUCUUCUCCUCCUGCCAGCUACACUUCUUGUGCUGGUUGAUUUGGGUGCUGGGGAGGAGGCCAUGCAGAGGUCACGAACCCGAGGCAGAGAAGGUGGAUGGGUCACUGCACUUUGCCUUGGGGGUCCCUGUAAUUCGUUUCCAGAGGGCUCAGGGUCUUGCUCUGGAUUGCAGAGCGAGAACUUGAUUCCAGGAAGUGUAAUUAACCCCAGGACAAGGGACACUUGGAGCAGACCAAAGCCUACAGCUCGUCUCCGGCUCCUCCAGCCUUCCCUGGGGCAGGGCUCAUAAACGUGGCAAAGAGGUUUACCAACGCAAGACACACUGCCUGGGUCAGAAGAAAGAACCAGAACUGGGCGAGUUGAGCUGUGAGAGUGGGCUGGUGCGGUAGGUGCUGUCGCCUGCAGGGGGUAGAGGCACAGGCCUGGUGAGACAUGGCUUUGGGUGCUGGCAUGGGCUGCCCUCGGCAGCGCUGCGCUUCUGUGCUCCGAGCGUGAGCUGCCUGCUCAGAUCACUGCAGGGAGAAUGAGCUGUCUCCCUGCAGCUCCCAGUCUUGGACAGCACCUCGGCUUUGUGUCCAGGGCUGCUCCCAGCGUGUCUUCUCCGAACAACUUGCAGAGGCCUGGCCCUGUUCCAGUCCCUCGGAGACAAGGCAGCUGGGGGCCCUUUCCUGCUCCUCUCUGGAGGGUGGGGUCUGUCUGAGCCUCCUUGCUUUCUCUUUUGCCUCUGGCUCUCAGUCCAUCCCUCCCCGUGCUGCUCGGAGGAGUUUGCAGGACACUGAGCUUGUGCUGUGGUGGGAAUAUUCUCCCGAGUUGUUUUUCCUGUUCCAUUCAGCCCAGAGAUUGUGUUUCAGUAAAUGCCACACGCAGACGCUCACACUACAUUUCCCAACCUUCCAAAGCAACCCUGGUACAUGGGGGCAGAGUCCCCAGCCCAGCCCUCCUGCUCCCUCAGCCUGCCCUGCCCCGAGGGGCUCCGGGCACCUGCACGUGCAUCCUCCCUCCUGCACGCACUACAGCACAGUGGGAAGCGCUCGCCCUGAGAGCUUGGGAGCUUUGUCCACGUGCUCUCCAGGCCAGACCGUACUCACUUCCCUCCCUCUUGUCGUGUCAGCGCCGCGGUUUUGAUGUUGUUGUUACCUUUGCGGUAGGGCAGGACCCAACCAGCCGGGGAGUGCAGGUGCAGAGAGCUGGCUCAGGGCCCGCAGCGGGCACUGUAGCCCAGCCAGCCGCAGGAGAUGCUUUCCUCACACCUGUGCCAGGCAGGGUGGCGAUGGAUCCAAGGAGAGGGGCUGCUGGCCCUGCCUAUCCGAUCACAUCAGUAUUACACAACAGGCAUGCGUGCUGGCCCCCUUCCCUCCCCCUGCGAUUGUCUGACUUCCUGUAUAGCACAUCCCCAGACCAAUUCCUGCUGCAAGCAGGGCAGCUCGUAGCAAAACUUCCCCUCUAGAUGUGCAAGUUGCCAGGCCAGGGAUGUCAGGAAGGGAAGUGACUUCCUUCGGCUCACCCUGUUCUUCAGCUGGGUCUCCUGCCUAGCGCCCUGCUCUUGCUGCUGCUUAGAGCGGUGAUCAGUCCCCCGAGGCCUCUCCUGCCCUGGACGGAGUGUAAAUACACUGCCCCCUGAUCCUUCCAGUGGCAGAGCAAACCAGCCGCAGCCCCGUGUGUGUGUGAGGAAGGGACCCCGGGGGCAGUUGCCCCUCAGCGAGGUUCUAGGUGGGUUUUGUGAGCGAUGAUCGUGCACGCCCUUCCUGCCACCUCCGGAGCCCUUGAUCCUUGACAGGUGCAGAGACUGGCAGCCUGUAGCCCUGCUCCCGCCCAGGGGCUGCUGAUCACGACCCAGGCUCUGGUAUGGUAGGUGCUGGAAUAGCCGGACAAUCCCUGCCCCGAUCUCAGCGUAAGCCAAGAGACAACAGCUGCAUACGGACAGACGAGGGAGCACGAGGAAACGGGGGACAUGGGUCCGCAUGAGCGGCCUUGGGCUCAGCACACCAGCAGCCUCCCCAUGGCCAUUGACAAGUUGCUGGUAGACGUCACGGCAAAGGAGAGUUUUAAGGGGGACUUUGCCCAUGCUUUUCGCCACAGGAGUGAGUGUCAUGCCAGGGCUAUCACCAUACAGGCCUGUGCCCGCUGCCCCUCCGGCAGUCAGGACUAAGGGGUUUCUUCUCCUUUCCUCUACCCGCUGCUAUGCUGCCAGCUUGCUGGUUCCCAUGUGUCUGAGUCCAAGGUCUCACCAUGGCCUGGAGCUGGCUGUACGCGGUACCGGUGCGGUGCCAUGCUCGGGAGGGCCAGCGGCAUGGAGCUGGCUGCACGCGGUACCGGUGCGGUGCGAUGCCGGGAGGGCCAGCGGCAUGGAGCUGGCUGCACGCGGUACCGGUGCGGUGCGAUGCUCGGGAGGGCCAGCGGCAUGGAGCUGGCUGUACGCGGUACCGGUGCCGUGCGAUGCUCGGGAGGGCCAGCGGCAUGGAGCUGGCUGAACGUGGUACCGGUGCCGUGCGAUGCUCGGGAGGGCCAGCGGCAUGGAGCUGGCUGUACGCGGUACCGGUGCAGUGCCAUGCUCGGGAGGGCCAGCGGCAUGGAGCUGGCUGUACGUGGUACCGGUGCAGUGCGAUGCUCGGGAGGGCCAGCGGCAUGGAGCUGGCUGUACGCGGUACCGGUGCAGUGCGAUGCCGGGAGGGCCAGCGGCAUGGAGCUGGGUGCUACAUGAAGCAUUUCGGGUUAGAUUGGCUCUGUGAUCACCUAUGGCCGGGCGACCCCCUCCUGGCCCAGCUCACCCAGGACUAGCUGUAGGGGCUUUGGAAAUGGAACUUGUUCGGGUUUUGUCAUUUUUAGGUGGCAUUACAAAGCCUCACCGGAGCUUUUAUCCCUCUGAAUCAGCAGACAGAGCAAACUCCCUCCUUUGGCUUCACAGGAGCGUCUCGUCCCCGCAGGGACAUGGGGCAGUCCCUGACCGUGAGCUCGCUCCUCUCCCGGGACCUAAGGAACCACAGCUACUGACUCCGCGCCCUCUCCGUCUGCCACACUGCAGCUCUCUGUAGGGCCUCUGGCAGGAGCCCCAUUGGCUGAGGAGCUAGAGAUCCCGGUGCCGGGGUGACUUUGGUAGGCUGCAGUGCUGGUGUAACCCACACACCGCCUGGGUGUGGUGUUCUGUCCCGUCAGUGGCACCGAGACCACUUAGAGAGAGAUUAAUGCGUCUGCUCUACAGCCUUAGCUAACAGCCAGGUGGCUUUGAGCUCAUGCAGUCGAGGCUCAUGCACUAAGCUCCCAAGGUCCCAGGUUCGAUCCCGCCCGCCAACGACCGGGGUCCGUGGGCGUUACACUAGGUCAGAGGAAACAUCUGUAGCACACGUGCAAUGGACUGAAAGGGAGAGAGCAGCUCAGCCCGGGGUGGGGUGGGGAUGGGCGGUUCCUGUCCCCGUCACCAUCUCCCGCAUGUGGUAGCCCCAGAGGGCUGUCGGGCAGGAGGCCCCAGGAUCUCUGUGCUAACCAGAAGGCAGUGCCUGGCUGGUGAAUGGAGUGGGUCUAGCCAGCACACCCCCCAGAGGCUGCUGGAGUUCGUUCUCACCCCCGAGGCGUAGCCUGCUGUUUGGUUUGGUUCAUGAAGCAUAAGCCUGGCUGGCCUGGCCCUUUUUCCACCCACAUCCGCAACCGUUGCACAGUGCCUGGCACAUUGGAGCUGGCGGGGCUGGAGUCGCUGAGCCUGGGGGUCACCGCAGGGCCCAUAGGGCAAAGGUGGGUCUCGCUUUUCCAUUGGAGAAGAGAGAAUCCCGGGGAGUUCUCGACCGCCUAAAUAUGGAACUGGGAGGCCUGAGGUCUCUGACAGGAGUCGAUAUCACAGAGCCAAUCUGAUGGCAAGGAAUUUCUCUAGCGGCGCUGAGACUCCUGCAGGCCAUGCUGUGCUGGCUGACGGAGCUGGAGUGUCUGGGAGCUAUGACGUGAGGAGACGCGAGGGACACUUCCCCCACCCGGUCCCUAGGAGCAGACUUGGACAGUAGCUUGCGGUACAGCCAUCCCCCACAAACAGCACCACAGACUGUCAGACUAGAGCAUCUCUGUAAUGGCUUGUCGGGCGUUUGCCACUGACCGGCUGGGUGCGGCACAGGGGCAGGGUGAGAAUACCCUCAAACCAGAGGCUGCAUGUGGCAGGAAUGGAGGAGGUGGGAGCCCAUCAACGGCAGAGGUGCCUGAGAAGUGGUUUUGUAGGAGGGGAAAGAGGUGAGAGCUGGAUUCUAUGGCCAGGAGCACGCUCUGCCUGGGCUGUCCAGAACAGCUCCUCCUGCUGGCAUUCGGCUCCCUGUGCGGGGUGCUCCCAGCGGUUUGGAGCAGGCACAAGGCUCCCUCCCUCUGACAGACAAAAGGGCUCCCAUGAUCCUCAGUAUUGCCAAUAAGAUGGAUCCACCAGUGGAGGGGGACCCCAUGGCAUAGGGCUUCUACCUAUCCUUUGGGCAGUCCUGUUUGGUUGGAGGUCGGAAUCUGUCCAGGGCCUCCUUGUCUUGGUGCCUCAGAGACAACUCGGGAGCCUCUGAACCAUUGCAAGAGAAGGCCAGAUCCCUGAUCACCGGUGGGACUGACAGUACCGAUGGCUGUGCUUCAGGGCUGGUGCGUGGAAUGGGGGAAUGACUGUCUCCUCGUGAUAUACUCCUCCCCCGGUUAACAAUGUCCUGGGAUAUAGAUGGGCCAGACAGGAGUAGUGAAUGUGUACAGGGGAGAGCAAAGAUUUCUUCUGAGGAAAUGUAUGUUUCCGACUGUCUUAGAGUACGAGGAAGGUGGUGGCUGCUUAGAUGAGACGAGAAGGAUUUACAGACUUCCCAUACCUCAGUGACUGACUUCUCACAGGUAGCUCCUACAAGGAGGUCCAUGGGUCAGUCUGUGUUCUGCUCAGCCUUUUACCUACCCUAGGUGUCUGCGUCAGUCACGACAAAUCCAUGUUGACACCCAUGAGGUGCAUAGACUUUGUAGGGGUGACGUUCGACUUGACUACAGCAGGAGCAUAUCUACCUCUCGAAAGGUUUCAGGCCACGAGCACCGUCAUACACCAGGUCACUCUCAGACCCAGGACAUCAGUCAGAACUUGCCUUUCCCUCCUUGGCCACAUGGCUUCCUGCAUACACACGACACUGUUCUACAGGCUACAUCUAGGAUGCCUACAAGCCUGUCUUCUCUCCGUGUACUCACCAAAAAGAUCACCAUAAACAACAAGGUGACGAUUCCGCCCAAGGUAUUAGGCUCUCUUGUCUGGUGGACAAAACUGGAGAAGGUUCAGGUAGGGAUCCCUUUCCUCAAACCAACACCUCAGGCAACCAUCUCAGCUGACACCUUCCUCUUGGGUUGGGGUGUGCACACGGGCAAUCAUAUGGGACAGGGUAUCUGGACCUCCUGAGAGUCCAGAAUGCACGUCAACUUACUAGAAUUCAUGGCUGUCCAUUGGGCCUGCAAUGCUUUCCUCCCACUCAUCCAAUCCAAACAUGUUCAGAUACUGUUGUCAUGUUGUCCGACAUUAUUUUAUAUAAAGCAAGGGGGAACACAACCUCUCUCUUUGAGCAUAGAGGCAGUCACCUUCUGGAAUUGGUGCAUCAAACAUCACAUAACCCUGCCAGCAGCAUAGUUAUUGGGGGUGCAAAAUUCCCUAGCAGACUGCCUGAGCAGACACUUUUCCGUGAAUCACAGAUGAGAAAUUCAUGAUUCAGUUCUCAAUGAUGUCUUCACUCAAUGGAGAAUGCCGGCCUGGGAUCUUUCUACCUCACAGGUGAACAAGAAGUCCUCAAUACUUCUCCACAGCAGCCCUGGGCAAAGACUCUUUGGGAGAUGUCCUCUUGAUGUCGUGGAAGGGUCACCCGGGGUAUGCUUUCCCUCCACUUCCUUUGAUACCACAGGUUUUACAGAAGAGCAAAGAAGACAGAGCUCUAGUCAUCCUCAUCGCACCCAACUGACCGAGACAGCCAGUUCUGGUUCAGGGAUUUGUUGAAGCUCUCAGUACAGCCGUCCAUGAACAUCCCCACAUUGCCGGACCUUCUAAUGCAACACAGGAGCAAGGUCACACACUCCAGCUCACGGCCACUGCAGCUCAGAGCCUGGUAUUUGGAUGGGCAUCAGACAUUCAUGUUCCAAGAGAGUGCGAUCCACCCUGAACCAAAGUAGAAAAGAUUUUAAGGGAAGCUGUUACUGAGCUAACGGAAGCGUUUCUCCACUUGGGCUUAUCAACGCAAUUUGUCUUCAAACUCUGCUGGAAUCUCCAACAUCUUAAAGCCUCUGCUUACCCUUAACUCUUUGGUCUUGCAUUCAGUUCCCUGCAGGUGCAUUUAGCAGCAAUCUCCAUCCUGCAGUGGAUAACCAUGUGAUCUUCACUCACCUUUCACAACUAGGUUUUUGAAGGAGAUUCUCAAAUCCUUUCCACUAGUGGUGAAGUUUGCACCUCAGUGGAACCUCAGUUUUGUUCUAUCGUCUCUCCCGAAGACUCCCUUUGAGCUGCUGGCCAUGUGCUCUGUGCUCUCGGUCUGCCAAGGUGGGCUUUCUGAUAGCUAUAACAUCAGCCAGAUAGCUAUAACAUCAGUGACCUAGGAACACUUACAGCGGGUCCACCACCCACUCCCUUCUAUAAAGAAAAGGUCUUGCUACACCCCCACCCCAGAUUCAUAUCCAGGGUAGUUUCAUGAGAGCCAGGUCAUCAUACUUUUUCCUAAACUACAUGCCUUGGAAUAGGAGCGAUCUCUGCAGCCUCUGGACUUCCAGAGGGCUUGGCUUUUUAUCUGCGAAGAACAAAGGUUGUUAGAAAGGCACCUAACUAUUUGUUUCCAUAGCAAAGUGAUCAAGAGGUCAACCUAUAUCAGUGCAGAGACAUCUGACAUGGAUCUUGGGUUAUAUUGGAUCUUGGGUUAUAUUGGAUCUUGGGUUAUCUAUUAGCUGGCAUCCCCCCGGAAGGGAUAAAAGGGCAAGCUACUUCAGCCCAGCCCUGAGAGACACACUCAUAUUAGAGCUCUGUAGGGCAGUGACUUGGAGCUCUUUGCCUGCCUUCAUGAGACAUUACACCUUGGAACCCUCAUCAGCUAUGGAUACGGCUGUGGGGAACUGUGCAGUCGGCUAUCACUUCUGCAUCCUUGCACCCACCAUCUGUUUGACUUCUGCUUGUUAAUCUUCUACGCAUGGAAUACGAUAGGGAGCAUCGCUCAAAGAAGAGGAGGUUACUUACCUGCAACUGGAGGUUCUUCAAGACGUGUGGUCCCUGUCUGUAUUCCACCCCCUGCCCUUCGUCCCCUCUGCUGCGUAGUCAUGACACUGCAGCGAGAAUGGGAAACUGGAGGUGCCAGCCUACACGCCCUUUAUGCCCUUGGCUGGGAGCAGAGCAGAGCUACAACACAUGUGCCGGGCAACGGACACUGCUUGCAAGAAAUUCCAGAGUCAGGCGCAUGGUGUGCAUGCAUAUCCCAGGCGUGGAAUACAGGGAGGGGCCUCCAGGUACAGACAAGUAACCUUCAUGGAUUUGCUGAGCUCUCAUCUGUGCCCAGAGUAGAUGUGAUGGGCGGGAGGCACAGUUUGCCCUGUCCUAUCUCUGCAUUUCCCUUCUCUUUGCUGCUCUUCCUCUAUGUCUCCUUGAGACUCCCAUCUCCUGUCAGGGACCCCCCCACACACACUGUUGUGACCUUCCCACCUCAAUGCAGGUGCUGGGAGGGGAAGGGAAGUGCAGAGACGGGACAUGGCACCAAAGGGGGUUGGGUAACGGUCUGUUAAUUGGCAUUUACCCAACUGUGAUGGGAGCUCUUCUUAACUGACAUGCUGGCCAGGUGCUCAGGGAAGCCACCGAGAAAGGGAUCAGGCCAAUGAAUGAUUUAGUUGGGGAUUGGUCCUGCUUUGAGCAGGGGGUGGGACUAGAUGACCUCCUGAGGUCCCUUCCACCCCUGAGAUUCUAUGAUUCUAUGAAUGCUUCACAAGGCCUGUGAACAAGAGCAGAACCAGCCAGAACCCAGUAUUCACUAUGCACAGUCUGCAUGAAAGCCAGCGGUACAAUCAAAGCACUACAGAGACACUUCUUUUGGUAUGAAUGAGCAGCAGGCCCUUACCCUGACCCCUCGAUUGUCCCACGCUGCGGUUGCUCACGCCAAAGGCUUGGUGGCUCUUCGUAUUUUACCCAGGUGAAGUAUUCGAGCUUGUGGAGUUUUUAAAAUAGUUUUAGUUUCUAUUUUUUGAAUUUCCCCUGUAGGCACAGAGGCCUUGCAGGGAGGGCAGAUCUUUUGUGGGCUUCUUCAUGGCUUGUGUCACAUCAAUUCAGUCAUAUCCCAGAAGCAAUAAAACUAUCAAACUAG